AGCUAACCUACACAUAAAACACCAUCCCCCUGCCAUUGCCAUCUCGUCCCAUUCCUACCACCAUUAUUUGUCGUCUGCCGUCAUUGCCCUUCCCUAAAUAGGGUCAUGCCCCAGUCAUAGGCUGUUGAGGCCAAGAAUAUUACCUAAUGUUAUUACCAUGUUUUCUGCUAGCUACCAAUCCGAUUCACAUCGAGAAUUUGGCUGAUAUUAUUUAUGGCUAACGUUACCAUAUGUUUUGCUGAAUGAUUUAUUUGCUGUCGUUGGAUACACUACUGUAACGACUAACUAGCUAAAUUCGCUAGCUAAAAGCAUUAAUCUAUUGUCUGAAACGUUAUCUUAACUAUUUCCUUUGAAAGUAGAGUAAUAAUGAGUGGUUCCCCAAUAACUUCAUUUGCCAGCUAACUAGCCAAGCUAUGACGUUAUCUGCAAGCUUAGUUCAGUCAGCUAGCUACUUUGGCAGCGAUUUAAUUUGCUAGCCUAGCAGCCAAGCUAACAAAUUUAGCAGUUUAAUGAGUAAUCAUUAUGAAGUGACAUAAGUGUCGGACUAUUUAGUUUACUAUCGAUUGUUGACGGCGGGCACGGAUAUCGGCCAACUAUCUAUGCAACCUAACCAGCAAGCACAUUUACCGAAUUAAAGCUAGCAUUAGCUAGCCUAAUCUCGCCAGACUCCAGCUAGCCUAGCUAACUAACAUGCAUUGCAAAUACCCGGCCUAUGCAGCACAGUAAGUAUCAGCUGACUUUAAAAGCAGGGGCUAACGAGAUACAACCAGCAGUAAGCUUUAUAGCUAGCACUGCACAUAUGGCCAAAUUCAUCUAAGUUGUUUUGCUGGACAAAGACUGCUUUCAUGGAAUUCUUGUGCGUUCAUGUACAAGAUAUAUCCAUAUCACAUGAUUUUGAAACCACUCAAUCCUGUACAGGAUAUAUUGUGAUAUGACAGCUGCUCUUGCCAGGAGUAGACUCCGAGAAGGGUGGAUCAUUUUUGUAGCAGGUGGUCACUAGGAACGACUCCUGUGGUAUGUGGCAGGUUGACUUUUAUUUUAUUUUAAACGUGCCGCUACCUACCUACAGUGAAACAAGAUGACACCCCUGGCAACGAUCUAUUGUGUCUCAUACCCACUCAACAUAAUUGACAGGCCUUUUGGGAUUCGUGCCAAUACUCUGUAAAGUCCACCCAAACCCUUAAAAAAUGUAUCGUCUGGGGAUCCGCGCAUGCUCUAGUGAAGAAUACUAAUUGCCGAAUUUUCAAUCGAUUCUAGAACAUGGGGAGGGAGUGGCACGUGCCUCAAGGAUAGUCAGAAAUGUUGAAGUGCUCACCAGCAGGGGUAGCAGCAGCAACAGACUCCUAUUAUUUGUCGGGUUUGAGAUUGACAAUGCUGUCUGCCAACAGCCAUUCUGGAUUUGGGUUGGCGGUAAGCGUGCGGAAGAGAGCGCGCUCGUUGCAGAGACAUGUGGGUCCCACUGCCAAGGAUGUAGGUGGAGUUCAACCGCAGAAGAGCGAGAAACGCAUGUUGAACUUUCAACUACAAAAGUAAAGCGUCUCAAAUUCUGCGUUUCUCUGUUGCUCGCAUUAUAUUAUAUGCGUCUUACAUGUUAGUUAAGAAGAAAGUCAAAUAAAAUGAUUUUAUUUCUCGAGGUCACCUCCAAGGGCGCCGGUCUGAACCCCAAUGCCAAGGUGUGGCAGGAGGCCCCUGCUGACAGUCCCGACGGAGCACAGUGGCCCCCGGCUGACAUCACUGAUAGUUAUUCAGAGUCUGUGCCCUCCACCGGUUGUAAACCGUACAGGGUAAGCUUCAACACCCUGGAGGACAGCAGCUCCUCCGCAGUAGCCACAGCUGAGAUCACUGUGAAUGGCAUGGAUCCUCCAGACCUGGCCAUCACCCCUGCUGAGACUACAACUGGGACCUCGGGGGAGACCAAGCUGACAGAGGCACAGCCCCUCUCGUCAGAGAAGCUGACAGAGUCCCUCAAGAAAGAGCUGGAGUUCUACUUCUCUAGGGAGAACCUGUCGAAGGACCUGUACCUGAUGUCCCAGAUGGACAGUGACCAGUUUGUCCCCAUUUGGACCAUCGCCAGCAUGGAGAACAUAAAGGCCCUCACUACUGACAUGGAGCUAAUCCUGGACGUGCUCCGAUCCUCUCCAAUGGUUCAGGUGGAUGAGCAAGGAGAGAAGGUGCGUCCUGAUCACAAACGCUGCAUCAUCAUCCUGAGGGAGGUUCCUGAGACGACACCUGUAGAGGAAGUGGAGGCUCUCUUUAAAAGUGAAGACUGUCCGAAAGUGAUUAGUGUCGAGUUUGCGCACAACAACAACUGGUACAUCACAUUCCAAUCUGACACUGAUGCUCAACAGGCACACCGAUAUCUAAGAGAGGAGGUGAAAACAUUUCAGGGAAAACCUAUCAUGGCGAGGAUAAAAGCCGUCAACACUUUCUUUUCUAAAAAUGGCUACCGUAGCCUGGACAACAGCAUGUAUGCAGCCCAGACCCAGACCCAGACCCAGUACAACCCCAACCUGUACAUGCAGCACGUCUACAGCCCUCAGCAGCAGUACCCUCUCUACGGUAUCGUACCACAGACCUGGACAACCUCUCCUACACCCUACUUCGAGACUCCGCUGGCACCGUUUCCCAACAGUGGCUUUGUGAAUGGAUUCAGUUCUCCUGGACACUACAAGACUGGCAACAACUCCCUGAAUAUAACUCGCCCCUUCAACAGAAACCGUGUCCCCCUCUAUUCAAGAAAGAAUGUAAUAAAUGCCUUCAGGAACCACGUGAAGCCCCAGGUGGGGAGACCAAGUGAAGUGACCCCUACAUCUGUGGCCCCUGUCUCCCUGGAGAGCUUGACCGGCCUGAGGAGCCCUCAGCCCCCCACCACCACCCCUGGCCCUGGGCCCCUGCAGACCCAGACACCUCCGGACCUGACCUCAGCCUUCCCCCACCUCUCCUCCACCUCCUCGGACCCCAACGAUGACGGAAGCAUGUCUGUACGCGGAAGAAGGACUACAUACAGAGGCACACGAAGGAAGAGAGAGGAUGAGCGGAUUACGAGGCCCAUCCCUCUGGCUGAGGUAAAGGUGGCGCCCCCUAAGUUUGACCUGGCUGCUACCAACUUCCCCCCGCUGCCGGGCUGUGUGGCCAGUACACAGGGAGAGCCCCUACUGGAGAACAGGAUGUCUGACGUGGUGCGAGGACUGAACAGGGACAAGACAACGGAACAAGCCAACAAGGAAGUGAGUGCCGGCCCAACCCCAGUCUCAGCCCCAGGACAUGAGGAGGCAGUGUCUGUCUCUAGUCUUGCUCAGCCUGCAGCCAAACUUGCUGUACCCCCCCACGGACCCCCCGCCAAUGCCCCAGCCCCCAGGGAAGGAAACAGGCUAAAUGUACCCCAUCAGGAGAAGGUGGCAGAGCCCUCAGCCCCCAAAGUCACCCCACACAGACCUGCUACCUCUGGGGCCAACCCAACCGGACCCCCCUCCACACAGCCAGCUGUGCCUGGCCCCAAGCCCCAACCCAGCACAGUGUCCUCCACACCAGCUACACCGAGCACGCCGGCCGCCACAGCCACCACCACCACUACCCCUGCACCACUGUCUCUUGUUCAGGAGCCCCGCAAGCUCAGCUAUGCCGAGGUGUGCCAGCGUGCCCCCCCUCCCGGCCCCCCAGCCUCGGCCUCCUCCUCCACACCAGCCCAGCCACUGCGUGAGCAGCGCGCCAACAAGGCAGAGGAGCCAGGCUCCACCACCACCACCAGCCCAGACGACCACACCAGGGGAGACCGGCAGGACAAGGCCCAGGAGAGGGAUGGGGGCUGGGAGUGCAAGGAGAGCCGACCACGUGAUCGGGACCAUCGAGACCGUGACUCCCGGGACGGACGGUACUACCGUAACAAUGGACCCCCCAGGCAGGGAGGCUCUGGGGGCCUCAAGUUCCAUGAACAGAGACGGGGUCCCCAACCGGCCCGACGCAUCUCCCCCCAAGGAGGCCCCAGACACACUGGCAAAGAGCAGAACAUCCCCCCGGUAUCGCCAAAGUAAAACUUCUGAUAUGAAUGACGGGAGAAAAAAAAGUGUGAAAAAAAAAAAAUUUUGUAUAUAUACACACACACGUGGAUAUAUAUAUAAAAAAUGAAAUGCAUAUAAAAGCAACAACCUUAGUGGUAGCCACCUCUCCCCCCCCGUCCCCCCGUCUGCCUCCUGGAACAUUGUCCCAGAGAAAGAAAGAAAAGCUUUGUGACAUGACAAUGAAGUUCAAAUGGAAGGCUGAGGACAUCCAGGAGAAAGAACCAUCAUCUAAACAAGUGUGAACUGGCUUUCAGAGAGUGAUUUGAAAAAGGAAAAAUAUCUAAUUUAGGCCUCGUAAACAAAUCUAUUAGCAGAAUUUAAAAUCAGUGAUUUUAAAAAUCUAUGUGAUUUUAUUUGGAGUUUGUUUCCUUUGCUACUCUGCCUGGGGAGAGGUUGGACACUGGGCGCUGUAUUAAGGCCCUCUACCUUUUAGAUGUUUAACAAUAGAUGUUGGUCUGCAAGGAACAUAUGCACUAAAGAACAUAACAUACAUGCAUAUGUUGUGUACAUAUUCAGAGGUAUCACUAACAACAACAAUAUCUUUCUGUUUUUCUCGUAUGUGUACGUUCAGCAAGGAUGAAUGACUGAAGAUGUGAUUGAUUGAGAUGUCUGUUUAUGCAUUGAUUGUUGCUAAGCAAACAGAUUGGGACAAAGUGCUACAGUUCAGUGCACUGGUUUUCAUGGAACAAAUGAACGUCUCAUUGUGAUUCUAACAUUCUAGAAUCAAUUACCUGAAAUUGGCCAGUUGGACAUGAUCCUCUUAAUAAUGUUUAUUCAUGAAACAUUUUAAGAUUAUAAUAUGAGCCUUGUUAAUGAUUGGCUCACCUAUGCUAUCAGUAAAGAAUUCAACAAAAAUAAUUGGUAAUAAUCAAGCUACAGUUUUAUGCCUGUUUUUACCCCUGAGCUGUCUGUAUAUGUGGCAAAUACAGGUAACUGCCAAAAUAAAGGAAACCCCAACAUAAAGUGUCUUAAUAGGUCGUUGGGCCACCAGGAGCCAG